ACGCGCACAUUUGCGUCCUGUGACGUGUACUUGAACCCGGAAGAGAUUUCGCUGCAGAGCCGCAGCCAGAGUACUUUCAACUUGCAAAGUUUUUAAUAGUAAAGUGUGAGAGCCAAGAUGCAAGUGUUACCUGGGGCCAAUGGUCCAUGAUGCAUGUGGAGGUGUGCUGGUGGGGUUAUGGAGACUCCACUGAACUGUGCUGAAGAGCAACAACCCCCUCCUGUCUUACCUGACGCCAGGUCCACAGUCACACCACAGGAGCCUACUACAGACAAAAAUGACAAGGGGAAAGCUGUUGGCUUUGUGUUGGUGCAUGCAGGAGCAGGAUACCACUCUGAGUCCAAAGCCAAGGAAUACAAGCAUGUCUGCAAGAGAGCUUGCCAGAGAGCUGUGGACAGACUGAAAGCCGGUGCUCUGGCUGUGGACGCUGUGACCGCAGCCCUUGUUGAGCUUGAGAAUUCUCCGUUCACCAACGCGGGAAUGGGCUCUAAUUUAAACCUGUCCGGGGAGAUCGAGUGUGACGCCAGCAUCAUGGAUGGGAAGUCUCUACAUUAUGGAGCUGUAGGUGCUGUUAGUGGGAUUAACAACCCAGUGCUGGUGGCCAACAGGUUACUGAGCGAAGCACAGAAAGGAAAACUGUCCGCCGGACGAAUACCCCCCUGCUUUCUGGUGGGUCGAGGAGCACAUGACUGGGCUGUGAGCCAUGGGAUACCUCCCUGUCCCUCAGAGAAGAUGGCUACCAAGUUCAGUCUAUCAGCCUACAAGAGGAACAAGCACAAGAUGGAGCUGUCAGAGAAGGUGGAGACGGGGUUUAAUCGUCACAGUAAGAAGAGACGACAAGCGAGUGAGACCGGUUUGUUUUGCAAAGACGGACGGACGGACGGACGGACGGACGGAGUCUGUGGAAGAGCGUUUCAUCAGGCCAUCCACCGGCCUUUUCCUCUGCUCCGAUUCACCAACAAGCCCCUUCCAAAGAAAACCCCAAUCAGUGAAGAAAACAAACUGUUCAGAAGAACAACAGAGAAUGAACAGAUGAGAAAUGAGAAUGGAUCGGGGUUGCUGGACACGGUGGGAGCGAUCGUAGUGGACAGAGAGGGGAAUGUGGCAGCUGCAGUGUCCUCUGGGGGUUUAGCCAUGAAACACCCAGGCAGGGUGGGACAGGCUGCUCAUCAUGGAUGUGGGUGCUGGGCUGAGAACACCAGUACCCUGAACCCUUACUCUACAGCAGUGAGUACUUCAGGUUGCGGGGAACAUCUAAUACGAACCAUGCUAGCUAGGGAGUGUUCUUCUGCCAUGCAGUGUGAAGAUGCUCACCAGGCGCUGCUGGAGGCUAUGCAGAACAAGUUCAUCAGUUCCCCGUUCCUGGCCAGUGAGGACUGUGUCCUUGGAGGGGUCAUCGUCCUGAGGUGCUGCAGGUGUUCCGACGCCCAACCCUCUCCUGACAUCCAGGCUAUACUGGUUGAGUUCCUGUGGAGUCACACUACAGAAAGUAUGUGUGUGGGCUAUAUGUCUGCCCAGGAUGGGAAAGCCAAGACUCACAUAUCCCGCCUGCCUCCCGGGGCUGUAGCAGGACAGUCGCUGGCCAUAGAGGGAGGAGUGUGUCGACUGGUCAGUACCGCUACAACAGUCGACUGAGCCACACCCACUUCCCCCGCAGACCACACCCAUUACCCAAUGGGCCACACCCCCCUCCUCAAAGCCGCCUUCAGCAAUACUCAAAUGUAACCUCUACGCCCACACAGCAGUAAUACAUUUGAGCUGUUUUAACAGGUGUCAGAAAGAGAGAGAGAAGUAGGGAGAGUAAGAGAGGGAAGGGGAAGGGGAAAGAGAGAGAGGGGGGAGAGCGAGA